AUGGUCAUAAACUCGCUUCGGACUACGACCAGACGACCAAAAGAUUCGACUCAGAAACAGAGUCCCAAUACAAGUAUCUCAGUUCCUCUGCUCAACCCAGUAACUAUUCCCAAAGAAACGCCGCACGCAGACCCUCCUAGAGAAUCUCAGCAGAGUGAGCCAACAAUCCCAUUGCCCCCAUCAGCAUACGGCUCAGAAUCCUCUUUGGAAUACCUUGACCCUGACACUCUAGUAUCACCAGAAAUCACGAGCAAACCUGUCAGCGUAUCUGAACUGUCUCCUAAUCUGGGGCCGCCAAACCAGUCACCGCCAGAAACUGAUUCUGCUGCAACUUUCCUCAAAACACCGGCAAUGCCGCUGGAUGCGCCAAAUCUGCAAGGUUGUCUCGUUGUAAUUCCUCCAGUCGCCGCAGUCCCUGAUCUUACUCUGGAAUACCUACAACAAGAAACUCAUCAGAGAAACUGGGCUCCUGGAUCCCUCGGACAGCUUCAGCAAUAUUCUGGUCAUUCAAUCCUGCCAACGCCCAUUGCGACUUCCCCUGGGACGUCAGCGAACCCUGACAAUCUGCUGCACUCCAUAAUUGUGAGAAAAGCGAGGACACGCCUGGUCAUUUGCGAUUCCGACGAAGAAGAAGGUGCUGAUCAAAUUUCCCCAGUCAAUGUACAUCCCACCGUCGAUACACCUGCUGUUGGUCCAACUUCCGAGCGAACAUCAAGGGCUGAUGUCCCCAGUCUCCCAGUCGAUCCUAUUUUGGGAACACCCGCUGGCAACUAUGAUCCCAACAAACGUGUUUGGCGUGACCCUCAUUCUAAGAUCACAAAAGCUGAAUUACACGCUAUCUUUGAAGAGUUCAAAGUUCCUUACAAGGCCGCCAAAAAAAAGGGUGCACUAAUUGAAAAAUACAAAGCGCUGAUAGCAUCUGAAAUGGCCAAACACCAGGAAGGUCUAGUCGACAUUAGCACAUCAGCAACAUCAGCUAACGACUCUACAGGUGAGGAAAGCCGCUUGCCGCCCAAAAGUCAAGAAACCCCUGCGCCCGCAGGCGGCACAAAUUUCAACCCAGCAAGGCAAGACUGGCCUGAACCUGAUGGUAAGAUAACAACAAAGAAAAAGCAGCAAAUCCGAGAUAUUUUGACAGAUCACGGUGUCACUCAUUUGGCCUGCGAUUCAACACUUGUCUUGCUUGCCAAGUACAAAACAAUAGUGAUUGACUCCGAUAAACCGCGAUACAAUCUCCGCCCCGAACGGCCAUUGCUUACACAGACCAUUGUCAACACAGCUAAUCAGGACAAUCACCCACCCACUUCCAAAGAUCAAGAGACAGCCGAGAGCAAUGAUCCAGUCCUCCCUGAUAAAGCCCACUUGACGAACGGAGCACCCAACAGUGUCAACCCAGCCCCCUCUCCCCCGGAAAGUCCGCCCCCAUCCGUACACCAAACCGAUACAGAUGCAGACUUUCCAGUUGGCAACAAAAGCCCUAUCAUAACAGAUUUGGAUGCUUUCAGUGAAUGCCGAGGAUCUCGAUCUCAAUCUCCAACACCCAACAACCAAAUGACUCAGCGCGCUGCAGUACCCUCGCCUGCCACUUCAAUUCUCGUCGAACCUCCGAACCUCGAUCCUAUGCCACAGGUGGCCAACUGGGUGUCAGAUGUCCACAAUGCUAGCAAUGACUUGGACCAGGAUAUAGACAUGCAUCAUGAGAUUCCCGUAACUCAACAGACGCCAGCUCCCCAAUCUCAUUCCAUGGAGAUGCUUGUAUCAACACUGAACAUUGUUGCCCAGAAUUCAGUUGAGAUAGGAAACGCUUCCAUCCGUACAAUGAAUGCUAUAGCUCAAGGCUUGAUUGGUCUAAGUUCUGCUGUUGAAUCUUUGCGUACUGCUCCAGCACCCACACCGCCGAUGUGGUAUACCUUAAGAGUAGCCAUCUGGCCCAUUUAA